CAGUCCCCUCUCUUGUGUGCAUGUUUAUACUGAAUAAGGUUUGUCAGAAAGCUGCUGAGGAGACAUGGAAGCUGUGAUUGGACUGUUUGUGAUGAUCCUCGGAGUCUCUCACGGUGUGGAAACUCAAUGUGAUGGAAGACAGAACAGAACUCAGUGUUUUGGAGCUUUGGGAGGAACUCUGGUCCUCCGGCUGAUGAACGAUGCCUCAGAAACACAUAAAUACCAAUGGUUUAAGGAUGGAACAGCAAUACUCAGUGGGAAAAAGGAUAUCUUUGUGUCUAAUACAAGAGGAAACAGAUCAUUCUUUACUCCCAGUAAUGGAACAUUUAGGAUCAAUAACCUGAGCAGGACUGAUGGUGGUGAAUAUAAACUUGAAGCCUUUAGUUCAGAAGGAAAGUCAUCAGGUCCCAGGGUUCAACAGUUGACCAUUCAAGCUCCUGUGUCCUCUGUCCUGCUGGUCCAUGAGUGUCUGUCCCAUGGAGAGAGGAAGGUGUCCUGCUCCUCUGAGGGAGCAGACAGUCCUCAGUACAGCUGGACUCUGGAUGGACACAAUCUGACAGAAUCUGAGCUCCACGGUGGAAACAAUGAGACAAACAUCAUCACUCUGAAACAACACGUCUCAGGACGACUGGUCUGCUCGGUCAGGAAUGACGUCAGUAUUUACUCAAGAGAAGAGACGGUCUCUACCUGUGGCUUCAUCUUCAUUAACUGCACCUCAGCCAAUGGGACACGCAUAUCACAGUGGGUGUUUGCAGCCAAUAAUACUCUGUGUAUUGAAACAACAGCUUCCCCCACAAACACAGCAUUGCCACGUGAUGGUAAGGAGUCUGGCAUCAAAGGAUCAACUAAGCUCAACGAGGAAAUAUUGACAACAGCAGCUUAUGUACUGGCUGCACUCGUACUUCUGUUAGUGGUCGGGGUCUCUGUCGUCUGUGCUCACAAGACAAAGCAAAAAAACAAACCUAAAGAAAAAACCAACCAGGAAUUAACCUUUUCUAAGGUCAGGAUUGGGCCGCGGCCGGGGAGGCAGAUGAAGCCGACAGCAGAGGAGGAGGUGGAAUACGGGAACGUGAAGUUUUCACAGCGACCCCGACACAAAAUUGAACCAGCUGCAGACGAGUGUGUGUACGCCAACGAAAGGUGAGAAAGGUGAUCCACAGGGUUUAGAGACUGAACAGAUGAAGGCACGUGAAGCUUCAAUUCUUUUCACCUUAUUUUAUGAAAAAUAAUUGUAAAUAUUCUAAUAAUAUUUUAUUAGG